UUUUACAUUUCUAUUUAUUUACUAAUAGUUAUUAGUAUUGUCCUCCGAGUAGACUAGAAAAGAUGCACAAACACGUUUACUCGUUCGGCCACUGAAGAUUUUACUGGGAACAGUUAGGUUAAUAUGUAAACGGUUUAAAUUGCCAACUGUUUUUAUUCAUACGAGACGUUGCAUUUUUACUUUAUCUCAUCUCUUUGGUUUGUUCAUCUUCGUCGUAUAACAAUAUACUCUGUAGCAUUAUGAGGGUUGAGUUGUCACGGCAGGACCUUCACGCCGUAUAUAAUUAUAUAAAUCGAGUGGAAUAGACAAACUAACUCUAGCUGUAUCGUUGUAUACGUGAAUUGGAUUGCUGUUAUGCUACGUGUAUAGACGCUAGUAAUGUACAGGGAUCUCUCCAGUGAACUAGAUAGAAUGCAAGAGAAACGAUCUCAUUUAGCCAGACCAGUCGAAAGAUUUUGAAUAUAGACUCGUUUUUCUUGUCUGAUAAUCUUGUGCUUUCCAUCCCAAUUGUACGUUUCUGUAUCACUUUUUUAUUGUUUUGCUUACUUGAUAUAACGCGAUGAUUCCAUUAACGUUCUAUUAUACUAAUCAUGUUAACGUGGUAUCUGACUUCGACGUUGGUAGAAUAGAGGAAUAAACAGAAGACUCUCAUGGCCUUUUGAAGAAUUAAAUGUCUUGAGGAAUCUUUUUCUGUUUUUGAUUUCUUAAAAAUCGCUAGUUUUAGAAUCUAUAUUAUUCGGGCAAAGUUGUUCUUGUGGAAUUAGUGUGAUUGCUGUAUCAUCUUACAUAAAGCCUGUGUACGAUGCAUAGAUUCACCACUUGCUGUUGGACUUGAGGACGGUUACGAGGAGAAGAGACUCUUGAAAGUAAAAAAAAAGAAAGAAAAAAAAAAAGUAAAAGUAAAUAAUUGGAGAUCAAUUCUCACUUUCUGUGUUUUCUUUUUCUUUUCUUUUUUUUUAUCUUCUCUUUUGACUUCUUUUGUCCCUCUAUGGUUUCUAUUUACUUGUUAAGGGUUUGCUACCGAGUUUUAAAGGCUUUACAAUUGAGCUUAUAAUGUUUAGGCUUAUGUUAAUGUUUGUGUUGAUUUCAAACAGACUUCUGUAAAGCAGAUAAAAACCUUCCUUGCGAUUCCAUAAAUUGUGUGUACCAACCACUAGCGAUACUCUAUUCAAGGAAUUCCCUUUUGUCUACGUUUACGUAAGUACUGAAGUUGUCAUCUGCACACACCACGCAAAUUAAGACGCGAAUGGUUUUCGCUAUAACACUGCUGUUUAGCUUUUGUAAGAUUUUUGUAUAUUGUAUUGAAUAAAAGAUUCAGUAUCACUGUAUUCCUUACUCUAUUCGGGACGUUUCUUGAGAUUCUCUGUUUGUUCCCCUUCACAUUCUUUUUCUCUCUCGUUUCAUACCCAUCACCCCAAUUUAUUUUCUUUUCAUUCUUUGUUUGAAAAAUCCUUCUCCUCUGCAGUUUUACGAUCGCCAUAUUCCUUUCUUCAUUCCCUUCUUACCUUUUAUCUGCUUUCACGACCUCAUAAGUCUAGUUUGGUCUUGGUCCGGUCCUUCCACUUCCUUAUCGAACUUUCGGUAGCGGAAUAACGUAUAUUUUAUACAUCACUAAACACUGAUAAAGAGUCGUAACAACUUCUUACCAAAACUUUGUUAAACAGAAGAAAGCAAUCUUGUGAAUUACGUCGUUCGGUUUCUCUCGGGUGCAGCGAAAAAAAAAAAAAUCCUUUAGCGAAACCACCUGCAACUAACUAAUCUUCUUCUUCCCAUUCACGCCUACUGUGUUUUCUUUAUUUUUGGGAAAUUUUUGACUCUUCCCAGUCUUAUAUACCUUUUUUUUGGUGGGAAGAACAUCACGUUUUAACUUUGUCUUGUAUUUUCGUUUUUCUACGUCUCUUGUUUCGUUUUGGUACCUUUUUGUUGGCCCUAUUAUUCAUCUCAUUCUCUUACAUCUUUCCUUCGUUUUCUUGUUAAUCCUUUAUUACCAAAGUUUUUACCCACUAACCUACUACCGUCUGUAAAAAUCCGUUAUCAACUGGACAAAGUUCGUCUUUCUUCGUUUUCACCUUUGUUUAAUUUAUUGUUCGUUUGAUAGAAAAAUUUUCGUUCUUUGCUUUUCUUUUCUCUCUGUUUUUCCAUCGUUUUUCUCCUUUUUCUUUUUUUGUUUUUUCUUUCUCCCUAGUUCACUUCUGUCAUGGGUGAAGAUUUUCAAAAUGACCUUUCCUACAGGGUAAAUCCUUUACUUCAGGAUUCGACCAAUAUACAAACCAGCCCGACUUUAAUUUCCAAUGCUAGUUCUGCUAAUGUAAAUUCUCGGUUGGGCCCCGUUCAAACCGCUAUCCCUUCUACUGCUUCUUCCAUGAAUCGCCCAACGUGGCUCCCCUUGCAGCAACAUAUUCAUCAUUUACGUCAUACAAGCCUUUUACCGGCUGUAGAAUCUUCAUUUGUUCAUGGUCAUGGCCACGGUCAUCGUCGAAGUGCCAGUGCUGGCAUAAAUGUGAACACUUCAACGUCCAAUUCUCCUUCCUUUUCCCAUCCUUCCUCCGCAAAUUUUCACCCUCAGGUGACUCCAACUUCCUCUUUUUAUCCUUCCAGCGUCUUUUCUACGCCUCCAUCUUCUGCUGAUUCUUUUACAGCCAGCCCUACGGUGUCCUCCAAGUAUAGCUUGGCUUCGUCGAAUGUUUCUCCUAUAUCACCAAAUGUUAGUAAUAGUCCUCGUCGACAUGCUAAAAGUCACAGUGUAGCUACCGUCUCUUCUCCUGCCAUGCCUCCCUUGGCUCCUUUAUCCGCACAUGCUUUGCCUCCUCCUCCCUCCGUAAAAUCCUCUCCGCUACCGACUUUGAAUUCCGUCCCCCCUUUGUUGCGCCCUCAACCUCGGAUUUUGGAUGGUCGAUGGCGCCCUUCCACAUCUCAUAAUAACAGUCCUACGCACUCAGCCAACCCUUCGUUUUCUGGAAACAUUGUUAAUCAACCUUCCUCUUCUCUUCGUCCUGACGGAGGUGGUCAUCGACAUAGACGUUCUACUGGAAGUUUGAGCCUUAAUUCCUCAAUAGCUUCUACAAAUAAUUACCCAGCUGGUGGAUCUGGCAAUACCCGUAGAAAUUUAUUUUCUCCUUAUCUACCUCAAUCAUCGAUCCCAUCGUUACUGGCUGAACAUCGCUUAGUAACAGGUGUACUUGUUGUUAGCAAGAAAAAUAGAUCUGAUGCUUUUGUCAAUGUCAAUGGCUUAGAUGCCGAAGUUUUCAUCUGUGGCUCCAAGGAUAGAAAUCGUGCUCUUGAAGGUGAUGUUGUUGCCGUAGAACUCCUGGACGUUGAAGAAGUGUGGACUGGUAAACUUGAGAAAGAAGAAAAUCGUCGUCGUAAGGACCCAAUUUCCACCAGAGGUUCUUUUGACAACCUUGCAAAUGAUUCUCUUUUGUUCGAGGUUCCUCAGCGAUCAGCGAUAAAGGCUCGUGAUGACGAACAAGUAGAAGGCCAAACACUGUUUUUGCUUGACCAAAAGCAGCUAAGUUCUGAAGAAAAGCCAAAGUAUGCCGGCCAUGUCGUUGCAGUCUUACAGCGGGCUCCUGGUCAGGUUUUUUCUGGAUCUUUGGGUAUUUUACGACCCAGCAGCGCUGCGAAUAAAGAAAGACAAGGAACUACUAAUGGAGGACAAGGUCCUACAAUGAUCUCCGGAGAGAAACCUAAGAUUGUCUGGUUCAAGCCUUCGGAUAAACGCGUCCCAUUAAUUGCCAUUCCGACUGAACAGGCACCCUCAGACUUUUUAAACAACGACCAAAAGUAUUCCCAUAGUCUCUUUUUGGCCUCAAUUAAACGUUGGCCAGUGACAUCUCUACACCCUUUUGGAAUGCUCGUAGGUGAGCUUGGUCCUAUGAAUUAUAUCGAAUCUCAAGUGGCUGCGCUCCUUCAUGAUACAGGUGCACAUACUGAGCCUUGGGAGGGUUCUGCUGCUGCUUCAGCAUCCUCUUCUUUAGAUGCAUUAUCAAAUGACUUUUUAAAUAAUGCGAACCGAAGUGAUUAUCGUUCGGAAGAUGUCUUUAUGUUCACUGGCCAUAAACGCAAUAACCAGCCUGAUAAUUCUGAUAACAAAUUAGAUGAUUUUUCAAGUCCCUUUGUUUCUUCUGCUUUUCAUAUUCGGCCAACUGGCAAUGGCUAUCAUGUCGGCAUUCAUAUUACAGAUGUUUCGCGUAUUAUCGAGCCGGGCUCACCGCUUGACCGUGAAUUGCAACGUCGUGGUAAUACAGUAAGUUUAUGUCAACGAACGGUUUCCUUAUUUCCACCGGCCUUGGGAGACGCCCUUGCUUUGAAAGAGGGUAAAGAUUGUUACACAAUAUCAUUAUUGCUAGACGUGUCUUCUUCUGGAAAGAUUAGGGGCACUUGGGUAGGUUGGGCAGUUAUCCAUCCUCGCAAGGCUUAUCCUAUUGAGAAGGCGAACGAACUCUUGGAAUCUGAUCCUCGUUUGAAACUGUUUAGUACCGUUGGCUCUCGUAUACGAGUUCAUCAUCUCGGUACUGAUAUUCCUUUGAAUCGAUAUUGCAAUUUAGUCCGACGAUGGGAUGAAGAAAACUCCAGUUUUAAUCCCAACCAAACGAAUCUUUUUGCGUCAUCACCGGUGGAAGUUUUACGUGAAACCUAUCUUGAUACCGCCAACAGAGCUGUAGCCAGCCAUUUAAGAAGAGAAUUUCGUGAUAGUGCAUUUUUGAGAGUACAAAAAAUGCCAAGCCGUGAAAAUUGUCGAAUGUUACAGAGUAUGGCUGUUCAGAUGGGUUGCGUGUUAGAUCUUUCAAGUCCAAAAUCAUUGCUUCGGUCGUUAUGCUUGAUUGAAGAUGAGACUAUUCGUAAUAUUCUUCAACUUUACUAUUACAAGAUUACUCCUCGGGCAGUGUAUGAAAUGCCCAAGUACCGCCCCGAUAUAGCUAUGAACAUGCUAAACUUGACAUUAGAUGAUGAGACAGACGAUCUGACUCAUUUUACGGAACCACUUGAUAGAUAUGCCGAUUUAGUUGUACAUUAUCAACUGCAGUUACUUUUGCAAGGAGAAACUGCAUCAGAAAAACGCCUACGUGUUUGGUCUCAAGCAGCAAAUGACAUUAGUCGUCGACUAGUGAUAAGUAAAUUUGCUCAAGAAACUAGUGUACAUAUCAAAAUAUUUAGUGAAUGGGUAGAGAAGCAUCAACCUUGGCAAGAUGGUGUUGUCUGCUUCAUUGCUCCUUCAUAUUUCGAUGUAUUUUUCCCUGGUUUGGGGAUGGAAAAGCGUGUUCAUCUUGAUCUAUUAAAUUUAAUACACGUUCGUUAUGAAGAGGAUCAGGGAAUAUUAUCAUUGUAUGGUGAUGAUGGAGCGGUGAGAAUUGUGAAAUUGCUUUCUCCCGUUCGAGUGAAGUUGUUUGCUCAACUUUCUACUCCUCCUUUGAUAAAUGUCUCCAAAGCGGAAUUAGUAUGAUGUAAAAAGGUAUUAUUUCUUUUAAGUCUGAAAAGCUACAUCACAGUUUUAAUUCCGAAGUUUGUUGGUUCUGAAUUUUACCAUCUAAAGAUGCAGAUGGGUACUCAUUUUGUUUAUACACCUAUUGACAUUAGCCAACACAACUUGCGUGUGUCUAAUAAAUUAUACCGCAUUAAUUUUUCUUGUAUGUUGAUUAUAAUGAUAAUGAAUACUGAAGAACAAAAUAUAUAUAUACAUAUACAUAUAUAUAUCAACUUGGAUGAAGAAAUCGGUCGCGUUUCAUCUUUAUCUGUUAUCCUGCAUUCUUGAAUUGUCUGUCAUCCUACGUAAAGUGAGCCUUUUCAUCAAAAAAAUGAGUUUGGGAUCAUUUGAAAAGAGCAAAAGGGCAGCAAUUGUGCUAUUAAGAAAAAUUUAAGAAUAUUUAUGUUGAUUCCAGUUGUAUUUAUGUGUAAAGCAUAAGCUUUUCAAGUAGCAGGAGGAAACUCAUAUUAUAUUUAUAUACACCAGCAUGGUAUUAAAAACUUGCAGAAUUUGGCAACAGAGUGGGUUGCUCAUUGAAGUUUGAAGCAUAAUAUAUAUAAAAU